AUGAAAGAAGAUGCAUCGAGAUUUGAAUCGUUCCAAUUUGCAUCAAUCUACAAGUUCAACUUCCUCUCGUUUAACCCAGACCUACUCGUAGCUUCCGCUCUAUUGACCAAGAUAGGUGGCGAGUCGGAAGAAACUGCUUUAGGGGGAAACAGUGGAAAUGGCCUGCAGGUUGCAGAUGUAGCAGGUUCUAUGCAACUAGCGAGUAAGUGA